AUGGACAUGCCUGCGUUCCUUCGGAGGAUAAAUGUGAAUUACACUCAUGAUAUCGGCCUCGACCAGGACAGCGACAGUGAGCCCAGUCGAACUCGGACUCAUACUCCUAUUGCUAUUGCUAUACAACCCCAAUCUCCGCUCCAGUCACAAUCCCAAGCUCAAGUCCAAGCCCCAAACCAAAAUCAAAAUCAAGCCCAAUCCGCAAACCCAAACCCAAACCCAAACCCAACCCACACCAUCACCCGUUCCAACACACUCUGGUUCGAAGAUGGCACCAUCGUACUCCAAGCUGAGUCGACACAGUUCAGGGUGUACCUCGGUCUCUUGUCUCUGAACUCCAAGCACCCUGUGUUCCACGGGGAACAGCCCGGACCGGGAUUGCAAUACGGUGUGGAUGAGGUAGAAGGGUGCCCUGUGAUGACGGUCAAUGGGACAGCGGAGGACUGGGAGCAGGUGUUGUUGACGAUUCAUCACUGGCACUACAACCUAACGUCGUUGAACAUUCGCAGUGACUUCAGCGCGGCCCCCCACUUCUACCCGAUCUACACCCUCGUCUCGCUGCUCCGAGUCGGCCACGUGUACCAGUUUGACACUGUCGUGUCUGUAGCGGUCAGGGUCAUGAAAGAGCUCUUUUCAUGCAACCUGGAGGACUUUGACGCUGCGGCGAAGCCACCAACGCUCUGGCUGCGGCACUCGGACAACUACCCUUACGGGUGGCAGAUGGAGGUCAUCAACGUCGCGCUCGAGGUGCCCGGUCUGAUGUCCAUCCUUCCAUCUGUGUACGUGCUGUGCCUCCAGGAUCUCGGAUUGGACGUGAUCUUCGACGGCAUCGAGUGCCACGGCGCCAAGCGGAUCGAGCUUUCACACGCCACACAGGCGACGCUCGCCAAAGCGCGCGAGCAAAUCGUGCACGCGUCGAUCAACGCGCUGCUCCUGACCCCGCUCGUGCUCCCCAACUUUGCGUACCAGUGUGGGGACCUGCAAGGGUGCCUCGUGAAGCGCAACAUCGCGCUCAACCGCCGCGCUGCCGAGAUCCUCGCCACGUUUGCAGAGAAUGGCGUCAAGGACAACGGGUUCUGCGCGUAUUGCCAGCAGAUUGUUGAUCGGCGCACGCAGGAGGGGAGGAAGACGAUGUGGGCGCGUCUUCCGUCGUUCUUUGGCUUGCCAGAGUGGCAUGUGCUGAAGGAAUUGGAUGAGCGGUCCGGGCGGAGUCUUUCGUCGAUGGCGUCGACGGCGAGCAGUGAUGCUGGUCGCUAG